AUGUUUUUCCCAUCUUUUUCAUCGACUCAUAUUAAGUACAAAAAUAUAUCUAAAACAAUAUCAAACGAAUGGAACAUUAAAGAUCUCGAAGAUUAUGAAAAUAUUUGUAAAAACUCACAUCAGAAUAACAAAGAUAUUUGUUUCUCAGAUACAGAUCUUAAAUUUUUAGUAAUACCAUUAUCUCCAACAAAAUCUGAUAUACAGAAUGACGAACUAUUAUUGUGCAAAUGGAAUUCAGGAAAUAUUAACAAUUCUAAAAAACAAAAUAAUUACACUAAUCAUUGUAAACAUUUGUAUAGGUCAACUAAUUCUUACACUAGUUCUACACUAUCUAAUAGGUCUAAUGCAAUUAAAAUAGGAAUUGAUCAAAUAUUACAAGUUAAUUCAAAAAUAAAAAAUUGUUCUAUAUAUAAUUCAGUUAAAAUUAAUACAGUUAAUAGAGAUAACUUAAAAGAAUUGAAAUCACAAAUAAAUUUAAAUGAACAUAAUGGGUAUCUUAAAAAAAAGGAAAAAAGAAUGAAGUCAUCCAUAGAUAUACUAAGAUAUGAAAUAAAAGAAGCUAGAGAAAAAAUAUUGAAAACAGAUAAGAAUUUCAUUGGUACUUCAUUGAUGAAAAAUAAUUGUAAAAAUUCAAUUAUAGAACAAACUGUACUAGAACAAUUAAUUUGUAAUAAUCAUAUUUGUAUUUCAUCAGAUAAUACAUCAGAAAUAUCUGAAACCUAUGAUGAAUUGGGAAUAUUGUUCUCACAAUAUAUCAAACUUCAAACUCAGCUGUGUCAAAGAAAGUAUUGUCCUUUAAAGAGAUAUUUGAAACACAAAGUACAACACACUACAAGAAAAUGUCAAACAAAAUUUAAUUAUUCUCGCAUAUAUCCUUAUGAUCAGAGACCAACAUGCAAUAAUGGAAAUAUAUGUAUAGACACAUAUGAUGAACUAAAGUUGAUGUGUACUACUCCAACAAGAAGAAAGGAUAUUUACCGAUGCAUGUUUAAAAGACGGAAACACAUUUUAAAUCAACCAUGCAUCAUAUCUAAUCAAAAUUUUGCAACAGUUGAGUAAAGUUACAACCAAAAUUGAUUUAAAAUAAAUUUAAAAGGUGAAAUUUGAAUUUAAACAAUUACUUUCUUUUAGACUAUUAUUUUAACCUCUCUUAAACAUAUUUUUAUGUGAUGGGAGAAAAAUAAACAACAUAUGUUUAAAAAUUUA